ACUUCUCCCAUUCCCCCUCCUUCCAAAAAAAAAAUAAUAAUAAAAAUAAUUCAUUUGAUAAUAAAAGAAGAAGAUGGUGAAGAAGAAGAAUGGAGGAAAAAAAAAGGAAAAAGCAGCGGAUAAAUGUGUGUUCGUGCGAUGAAUGUCACAGGGCGAUGUGGACACUGAUGCCUGUCCCUUUAUUGUAUUUACAGCGAUCUGAACUGUGCACGCUGUCCAUUGUUUGACGCCUCCCUGCAAACACAUCUGGUCAAAUGUUUCAGCCUCGAUUUUGGAAUGAUGUCAGAAUACAUUUGUUUCUUCAGUAAAUCGUAUUCUUGGCACUUGGAAAUCGCUAUUUAUAUGUUGGCAAAUCCAAAAAAUUUUUUUUUUAAAAAAAUGGAGAAAUGAAUAAAGAAAUGAUGAUGCAUGAGUUAACCUUGAUUUCCCAACCAGAGGCUGCUCUAGACUUAGGGGAGCUCUCUAAUGGGGGGGAUUUAAAGGGGAUAAAAGUUCACCUGAUCCCUCCCUUUAAAGCUGCUAUUCAGAUUUAUUGACCCUGUGUGCACGUCAUCUAUUGACACUUAAAAAACAGGCCUGCUGCAGAUGCACAAAGUGUUUGUUUUUGUACCAUUGUUUGCCAAAGGGGGAAAAGGAAAAAAAAAAUCCCAACAGCAACCGCUGUGGUUGGAUGGUUUCCAAAAGCUGCUUUGGCCCCAUGUUAAGAGCCCUGGAUGUGAUUUUAAGAAUGCGAAAAUGUUGGAAUUUGUCGGGCGACAUCAUCUGCUUUUCAUCACGCACAGAACUUGAAAAGGUUAAUUAAAAAAUGUUUUGUUUCCUCCGUCUACCGACCGUGACAGCCUGCUCUGGAUCACAGUGUUGUGCUGGAGGGGGCCUGCAGCGGAUUCCAGGUUCAGAGCUAAAUGAGCGAUUGUUUAAUUCCACCGUGACUUCACUGACUGGAAGUUACUGCGAGGCUGUGUUUAAAAGAAAAAAAAAGAAAAAAAAAGACUUCCAGUUAGAGGUUUCACACUCCCCGCUGCUGUCUCAACACCUGCAGUGGAAUUUCCCCAGCUGGCUGUAACUGGGGACAGACCAGCGUUGUCCAGCAGGGAUUUUUUUUUUUUUUUACAGUCUGAGGUGACUGUGAGUACAUGGUAUGAAAAAGUUUGGAUCCCCGCUGCUAAAGUAAGAGUAAAGUCGAGAGCGGCGAUAUGAGGGACGAUGGUGGUGUGAGUCCAGGAGUCGUGCUGUGGCCGACGUGAUUGCUCUCUGCUGGUCGUGUUGCAGUCUGGGGAGGAUCGAGAAGCCGAUCGCUCGCGUUGAAUUUUUCAUUGCGUCAGUUUAGACGUACAGCUGGUGCUGUUUGCGUAUGCUCGGCGCGGGCUGUGCAUAAGGAGCUUGUUAUCUUCAGUUCCCGUUAUUGGGUUACGAACACAUUGCGGUGACCUCUCGGGAGAGUGUAUUCUGGGAAAAGGCUCCGGUCCCUUGUGACCCCUGAAUAAGAUAAGGAUAAACGGAAGGAUGGAGGUGUGGCGAGGAGCUGCGCACACGCUGACUCGUUGAGGUUGGGUGCGAGUCUGAUCCUGCGCUCAACAUAAAGGAGCUGACUCGGCAUGUGGACGCCGCACACCAGCGCAUUUUGCGGUUUCAGUCAUCGGCCGCGUCGCGUUAGACGAGACUGGAGUCCUGUUCAGCCUGCUGACGGCGGGUGCCCAGACGGAGAUGAAGAAGGUCGUCGGGGACAAUGCCACCUUGCCAUGCCACCACCAGUUCCCGUCGUCCGGCUCUCUCGACAUCGAGUGGCUACUGCAGAAACCAAACUCCAAACAGAGAGUGAUCAUUACCUUCUUCGGGGGCCAGGUGUACACCAAUGAGGCGACGGGCAGCGAGGCCAGCCGCCUGUCCUUUGCAGGAGAGUACCUGGGCGGAGACGCCUCCCUGCUGAUCAGUGACCUGCUGCUGACCGACUCUGGAGAGUACUACUGUAAGGUCAAGACUGGGGGAAAGUACCACUGGAGCCAGGUCAACCUCAUUGUGCUGGUCAAACCCUCCAAGCCGAGGUGCUGGAUGGACGGCAAACUCCUGGAGGGCAGCGACGUCAAGCUCAGCUGCAAGUCCAGCGAUGGUUCUGAGCCCAUCAACUACAAGUGGGAGCGAGUGCUGGACAAAGGCAAGAGCCUGGGCAAACUGCCAAACCUGGCACUGAUAGAUCUCAAGAACCCAGAGAUCGUGACCCUGAGGAAUCUCACCAUGGACAGCACAGGGGUCUACAGGUGCACGGCGAGCAAUGACGUGGGAGAGGAGAACUGCACCAUUGAGGUCACAAUGCAGCAUGUGAGGGAUGUAGGUAUGGUGGCAGGUGCCGUGGUGGGAAUAUCCCUGGGUGUCCUCAUUGUCAUAUUAAUCAUCUGGCUCGUCUUCCGGAAGAAAGAGAAGAAGAAGUACGAGGAGGAGGAGACUCCAAAUGAAAUCAGGGAGGACGCGGAGGCUCCCAAGGCCAAGCUGGUGAAGCCCAACUCCCUGUCCUCGUCCCGUUCUGGCAGCUCACGUUCCGGUGCCUCCUCCACUCAGUCCAUGGUGCACAACAGCGCCCAGCGUGGUCACCGCCCCCGCCCACCCGCUGUAGCAGCUCUCAAGGAAAACGGACAGCCUCCAGGCUUCCCCCAGUCCCCACCAGCCUACACUACAGUGGUGCCCCCCAAGACCCCCGAGCCCCCUGCAACUCCCAAAUACAACUCCAGGAACAUGUCUGGGCCCACACCCCCGACCCUCAUGGUGCCCGCCCAGACCAAGGCCUUUCAGACUGUGUAGGACUGAAAGCCGACCCCUUUCUUGCAGCCAUGUGAGACUCCCCCCCCCCAGCCCCAGCCCCCUAGCCCCCUCCCAAAGACUAAGACUCUUCUUCCAUAAACAAAGAAAUGCAACUAGUUAAAAGGAUGUAAUUAAAAGAAUCAAUACUCUAAGUCCAAAAGUACUUUUAAUGAAUGCAUACUUAAAAAGGGAAAAUAAGACAUGCUUGCCCCCUUCUGAAUUACAUAAAACAACAAAACAAAAGAAAAAAUGAGAUGCAACAUCGUCUGUGUCUCACGGCUGAAGGCAGAACUUAUUUUCCGAGUUCCUUCUUUUGGCUUCGGAAGGCGCAGGGAAGCACCGUGUGCAGCGAGGUGGAAGGAGCCCCCCUAGUAGAGCUUUUAUUUAUUUAUCAAAUCAAACAGUUAGGCAUGCAGUGGAGAAAAACAGAGGAGGGAAAAAAAAAAGGGAAGGAGCAAAAAGCUGGAUAAUAAAGAAUAUCCGAGCCAGGUACCAAUGGAGCCACGCUGCUGCUGCUGCGCUUUGGUUGUCGACAAAUACAAGAUGGAUACAAGCGGGGCAGAAACCCGGCGGAAGUAAACGCACGAGUGUCAGACAGCUACUGAUUUUUUUUAAUUUUUUUUUUCAUCCAGGAGCAGGAGGCGGACGGGGGAGGUGUUUGUGUGUGGGAUGAAUCUCUGAUUCAUGUCGCCCUGCACCUCCGAUUCGCUGCUCCCGGCAACCUGCUCUGAAAAAACCACAAACCCCUUUGCCUCCCAUGGGCCGGCCCGAUUGUGCCCAUCCAUGUGGACGGGCAGGGUGCGUGGCGUGUGCAUCAGCCGCCUCAGUGCACAGCAGUUCCCGAAACUGACUCAGCUGGCUCGCGAACAGCUCAUCUGCUUUACCAAUCAGCAGGGGGAAACUUCAGGUACGAGGAUGUAGCAUUGACAGUGGAGUCGAAUCAAUGGAGUUGUCGCUCUCCCUCCCCCUUCCCUUCCCUCCCACAUCCUGUCUCCAUCUAUGGACAUCCUUUUCUGGUACUGAAUAUCUUCCCUGAAUAAUUAAGUAGUGUGUAUUAGGCCUGUAGCGAGUCAAUACUUUAAAUAUAGGGGAUAAGCAUCUAUUAGACCAGCUGGACUUGUUUUUCUCUUCUUUUGUUUCUGUUCUCUCUGUGUCUCUUCUCUCUGAGCAGGUUGUAAAGGGUGACAGACAGCUAUUUGUCCAUUCAUCCAUAUUAAGAAGUGCCACCAAUCCCUAGGAUGGGUUAUUAUUAUUAUUUUUAUUGUUGUUGUUGUUGCUGUUGCUUUUUUUUCUUUUUUACUCUUCUGUUUACCUGAUACAUUUCUGAACUGAAACCAAAAUCUGUCACCAUGAAUGUGUGAUGUACAAAGAUGGUGGAUCCCAUUAAUUUUUCUCAGCUCCCGCCGCCCUGCUGAAUCGAUAUAUUCGAGCUAAGGCACAAAGAAUUGACGCUGACGUUCAAUUUCACAAUUACAAUGUCUGAAUGAAGGGAGUUUUGAUUCUGUGGACUUCAAUUGUAUAGGGUGUGUAUGCUAUCACUGUCAGUACUCUCCCCGGAUCCAUGACAAUGGAGUGGCACUCGAUUGCUGUCUCUGUGAAUCACCGGCUCCUGCUUGGUUACUGGUGGAGCUGUGCAAGCCAAUCCCCACUUGUCGCAUCCAGUGCAGUUUGAUUGAAAGUAUCUGAACAUAAAAAAAAAGGGCAAGUAGCCUAUCUAGUGUGCCUUUGCAAUCCCUCUUCCCCCUUGAUGGUUUCUUUCUUUGUCCUUAUCUUCAGCACACCAGUGGUUAAGUCUCUGUUCACAUCCAGCUUCGAGGGUCAACAGUAGCAAAUGCUGUGAUACACAACUCCACAAACUUGCCCUAGUAAUAACAGACGCAGCCUAGGGAGCACCAAGCAGAGUGAAUUAUCCAUGGUGAGAAAGCAAUCCCAUGCCAUGGGACAAUGUACUGUACAUUCUGUAAUCAGUCUUGUUUUAUAUUGUACAUACAGAUAGAUAUACUCACAUGAUGUCAUUUAAUUUAAUUAAUAAGGGUACGUGAGGGGAGACAUGCCCCUUACAAAAGAGUCAAGCGCGACCCGGGAGUGAAUUCAAACCCUGUGUUUAUUUGAUUUUCAAUCACAUGAGGCAUGGAAAGGUAAAGUUCACCUUAUCUUUGGACUCAGUAUUCAUGUGAAACUAAUAUUAUCAUAUGUAACAGAAGGUAUCUUCACAUCUACUGGCCAGAUUCUCGCGAGAUGUAUGGAUUUUACUGAUCCUCUGAAUACAGUUUCUUCCAAUUUUAGUGACACAGUGACCUUUCCCUUAAAUUUGGGCAUUGACAGGUCAUCUUGGAGAGUAGCUGUCAGAUUUCCAUAAAAUAUGCUCCGAGUAUUCGCAGUCAGCACAUAAUGACUCCAGAGCCUUUACUCUUAGGAUAUGCUGAACUAUUUAAGCGCCCCGAAAGAGCAAAUUAUCACUGUGUGGAACAAUUUCAUAUUAUAGCUUGUAUUAAUGUAGGGCAUCUUGUGUUGCUGAAGUAAAAACCUGUCACGUUCGGCAACUCAAAAGUUUCCAAAACCGACAUCUGUCCGAAAAAAAAAAAAAAGGCGCACGUGGUUUGACUUCACAUGCUCGGGUCUCACGCGUGACUCCGCUGUAAGGGAAGAUACUAAGAAAAAUGCCUUUUAUAUUCAACUAGAGACAGCAGUUCAUAUUCGAGCAGGGAAGCUACUGCGUGCGUGUGUGUCUGUGCGUUGCGUUGCGUGCAUGCGUGCAUGUUUGUGAAUGUGUGCGCGUGUGUGUGCGUGAGUGUAUGUGUGGGUGUGUGCAUGUUAAUUCAGUAUAAGCCCUUGGGCCACACCCACACAUUCUCAUGUUAGCCAUUCAGUGAGCAAGAAGGAUCCAGUCAGGCAGAGUAACCUCUAUCCAAAUUGAUAUGACUGCAGACUGGCAGUGUUUAUUUGAGUUUUUCACUGACUUAUAUGCCUAUUGCACAUGGCUCCACGGACAGCAGUCAUGUUUUUGCUCGUGGGGGUGGUGUCUCGAGACUAAAGCACGUCCAUAAUUCAUAACUAUUGUCAGCUCUGGAGGCCACUUGUACGCUCCCUCCCUGCUCUUGCUGUCUUUUAACAUAGAAUGCACUUGGCCCUGGGUGUACUGAUGGCAUCUCAAGGCGCACACAUGCACACACACACACACACACACACACACGGGACAAAACAGGUGAAAUUUGUAUAUACACACACACACACACACAAACAGGUGCACGUGGCACAUUCAGGUCCACACGGGAAACACAGGCGUGUGCGUCGUGCACGUGCACAGUUGUGCAUGCACUCAUGCGCAUGCAAACACACACGGUUUGCACAAACAAAAAAACAAAAAAAGCCCCGAACAGCCAUCCUUGUUAUUUCUGCUCCUUCAGAAUCAAUUUGAUGGAUCGAAUGUCUGGAGGUAUUACGACUGACUGAUGGAACCAGGAUACUAAAUGCAGCACAGAAAGGGACACUCUACACUGCAGCACCCGGGGGACAUCUACACACACACACACACACACACACACACACGGAUACACGACAACAGCUACUGUAACAGAACUCACACGUGCAUGUAGGCAAACACACACAUGCACUCAGAAAGACAGACACUGCUAUGCAUUUUCACAAUCUGGAUGGCAUACGCUUCGAAGACUUUUUGUCAGGGGACAAUGUGUGUGAGUUGUCCUGGGAAUCAGGAGAGGCAUAACAGGAUUGAUAGUGAGCCAGGGCUGUAGGCUCCUGCCAUUGAGAUUCCCUCCACCACAGAUGAAAGUAGCAGCGGAGGUGGAGGAUGGGAUGCAAGUCUUCCAGCUGUUAAAUUCCUCCAAGCUUUUUGAUUUGCUUUCCAGCAACUGCAAGUCUCAGGUGGCAGAUUCCCCAGUUUAUGAGCCCUCGCAUUGCAUCUCUCCGCUCGCGCGUGUGCAGCUUUGUGGCCUGACAAAACUUGCGCUCUUUCCAACAAAUGAAUUUUAAGGAGCUUUUGUCAGCUGAGUCGAGGGUGGAGGAGGGAAGUCUUAACGCACCUCAGAGUGUGUGCAGCACAUCCGAUACCAUUCUUCAAAGCAGUAUCCAUCAGCACUAUAUAUUGUCUUAUUAUCAACACUCAGAGGUGCAGUAAACAUGAAAUCAUCCAUGGUUAUCCUGCGUUAUAUGAUAGGUGUAUGAAUCUCAUGUAGCCACUGUGUUUUAUGUUCUAUGAAGCGGUUCUGUUUCUGAUUAGAAGCUGCUGAGCAGGGCAAAGCGAUGCUCAGACUUUGGGUUUUGGCCUCGUGCGUCGGUACAGGGGAAUGUGAUGUCUUGUUGCUUUUGACGGAGGAGAUGGACGGGGCUGAGGUCGACCUCGACAAGGAAAGCCAAGGCACCUGCAUGUCAUAGGAGAUUGAGCAGAUGAACGGGAAUGCUUUGCUUUGAUGUAACAUAACUGUAUUCGGCUAAAAACAGAAAAAAGAAAAAGGAAAAAAAAAAAAAAAAAAGAAAAUCUACAAUUGUAAAUAUAUUCACAGAAAAUUUUAUGAAGCUUUAUUUUUGUCUUUCUUUAUUUUGAACUUAUCACCCAUGUACUUUGCACUUUUUUGUGUGCUGUGCUCAUCACCGGCCUGUACGGGAUCUGUGUGGUUGGCUGUUUUCUCUCGACUGCAUUGUUUCGACGUCAGGGGGAGACACGCUCGGCGCGGCGUCACUAAAGGGAAAUGUAAGACACUUUGGUUUUUUCUUUAAUCUCAUCUGGUUUUCUGCCGUGGCUUCUCUUUGGUUUUGUAAAACAGUACAGAAUUCCUUUUUGUUCGUUCGUUUGAUGAAAACAAUCCAUGUAAAUAUCACAAGUAAAAAAAAUGUAUAUUUUUACGACUUCUGAGUUAUUACUCUUUCAUUUGCAAAUAAAAUAUUCAAU